CGCAGCUCAAAUUCUGGAGGACCCACAAUGACUUCAGCCCGGGGAGGCAUCCUCAAUGAGAAGGAGCCUGAGCUUAACCACAUCCCACUCACUCACCACGAUCUCUCGUACCCCGGGUGAACUCUCAGAUUUCACCAUAGUACCAACACAAAGUCUCACUUUGGUUUCCUAAAUUCAAUAAUUUUUAACCACGCAUUAUCUUCGGCUUUGUCCUUCAAGUCUUACCACCGACUCUACCUUCCCGUUCACCAUCACGAAUCAACAAGAUGAACGCGCCUGAUCGUUUCGAGCUCUUCCUGCUCGGUGAUGGCGAGAAGAAGAUCGAGGAGAAGGUCUUCUCCGGAAUGUCCAACACCUCGGACUUCGUCAUCAAGAAGGAGGACCACACCCUCGGCAACCUCUUGUCUGAGCACCUCAAGAUGCAUAAGCACGUCCUGAUGGCGGGUUACAAGAUCGCGCAUCCAAACGUCCCCGAGAUGUUCAUCCGAGUCCAGACAGACGGCUCGAUCACCGCCAAGGAGGCCUUGGUAGAAGUCAUUAAGAAGCUCAUGCAGGACUUGUCGCACCUCAGUCGCGAGUUCACUCGAGAGUUCGAGCUUCGUCGCAUGGUCGAGGCCGGCCGUUCGAAUCAGCAGGGCCAGUAAGCUGGACGUACUUGAGACGAUGGGUUACAUCUCGCGUGGGAUUUUUCCUCUAGGCGUUAGGCGGAUAAGGUCAUUAGGGAAUAACGGUCUGAUACCGAAGUUUGGCAUGGGGAAUCGUCAUAUUGGUUUUCGCGUUCUGGGCUGAGAAAGGGCCUCGGAUUAGAAAAGUUGAUCAUUGUGCA